AUGGUCCUCAAAAGGCAGUCUAGAUUGCGCCGCGAGUUUAUCUACCGGCGUUCUAUUGAAUUGCGGGAUGUAAAAGCGAAGAAGAAACGUGCAGAAAUUAAAGCAGCUUUGGCAGCUGGUCGUAAGCUCCCAAAACAUUUAGAGGCCGAUGCUCUUCGUUUGAAUGAAGAACUGGACUGGAGUGAUGAUAUGAGUGACGCUGAUGGGCUUGCAGAGGACGAUGAAUACUUUUGGGCUGGCUCGGAGGAUCCUAGAGUUGUGAUUACUACUUCUCGUUCACCGAGCACCAAAUUACAGGAAUUUUCCAAAGAAUUUCGUUUCCUGAUCCCAAAUGCCACGAAGAUAAAUCGAGGAAAUUAUCUUGAAAAGGAUCUCGUCGAAGCACUUCUGGCAAAACAAGUAGGACAUUGA